ACAGGGUUAAUAUUGGAUGACGUCGCUGUGGAUCGAUAUGGCAGUAUUAUAAUGCUUUCACUAUCUGUUUUCCAAUGGUACAUCCAUGAUCCAUGCAUGACGGUUGUGGCGUCGUGUCGGUUUUUCUGGCACUGGGGAAAACAGUGAUAUGUAGUUUUGGUAAAAAGAAAAAGGCGAUCUGAAUGACACAGUUACAGGCAGGGGGUGAGAAAAUGUCUGCGUCUGCUCAUACAAGCGUGGCUAAUCUGAAGGCCCACCAGAACAAGGUGGGGCCAAACUUGUUAGUCAAAAAGGAGAAAGUUGUCAACGUCAGCAGGAAACAGAGAAAACGCAGAGGGUCUGCUGGUAGUUCAAUCAACCUACAGGUAGCCGAACCGCACAAUUCAUCAUGGAUUCGUACCAACAUUUUGAUGAGAGAAUGCAUCCGCUUCACGGAAGCACCCAUCGCCAGAGGCCAGUCAGAUCCCAUACCCGAAGACCCCAAGUGCCAGUGUGGCAAACGGCGGUCCUAUCAUGAGUCCCGCUACCAGAAGAACCACGAUCCCCGGGCCAAGUGGAAGGUGGAUACGCACACCCAUACCAGCGCCACCAACGCGUACGGGGAAAUUGAGUUCGUCGGGGCAGCCGGGGCAGGCCUCAGUGUCAAGCUGAGAAAGUAUCUGCGUGUGGACCAUUCCAUCCACCCGUGCAAGCUGAUGGAAUUACUGAAUGACCAUUGGCAUCUGGGCACGCCCAAGCUCCUCAUCUCGGUCACGGGAGGAGCCAGGAACUUCCCCAUGAGCAACAAGCUCAAGAACGUCUUCAGGAAGGGCCUGGUCAAGGCUGCGCUCAGCACAGGUGCCUGGAUCAUCACAGGUGGCACCCACGCCGGUGUGAUGAAGUAUGUGGGUGAAGCUGUCAGAGAUUACGCCCUGCUGGGCACAGCAGCCGGCCACUCCAACGUAGUCUGCAUUGGCUUUGCAUCCUGGGGAGUCAUUGAUCAAAGAGACAAGCUCAUUGAUGAUAGAGGUCGUUUUCCGGCUUACUACCGCAUGGACACCAAGAAUCCCAAGGGGGUCCUCCUGGACCCCAACCACACCCACUUCAUCCUGGCAGAUAAUGGCACAGAGGGUCAGUAUGGCGUGGAGAUCAAGCUCCGAGCUAAGAUGGAGAAGGAAAUCUCUGAACAGAAAAUGUCAGGAGUGGCCGAUGUGUCGGUGCCAGUGGUGUGUGUGGUGGUGGAGGGAGGUCCCAAUACCAUAGCUACGGUCUACGAGGCCAUCAUGAACGGCACGCCAGCUGUCAUUGUGUCUGGAACAGGAAGAGCCGCUGACAUUCUGGCGUUCGCCUUCCAAAGGGCACCCAUGGUGGAGAAGUUCGUCAAAGAUAGCAAAGGAAACAUCAAAAAGGAGAAAAGAGCAGUGGUCAGCGAUGCGCUGUCAGUCCGCAUUGCCGACAUGCUCUCCAAGGAAUUUGGCGAGAGGGACCUGGAUACUCAUCUGACGCGCAUAAAGGAGAUGCUGAUGCGAAGACACCUCAUCACUGUCUAUGAAUUGGGCACCGGAACGCAGAAGUACGACAUUGACAGUGCCAUCUUGCACGCGCUGUUGAAAGCCAACAAGGGUCAAGUGCAGGACCAGUUACAGCUCGCUUUGAUCUGGAACAGAGUUGACGUGGCCCAACGGGAAAUCUUCACUGAAGACAGAGACUGGAAGAAAGGUGAGCUCGACAAUGCUCUUCACUAUGCCUUGGUCAACAAUCAGGCGGACUUUGUCAGGCUGUUUAUGGAGAAUGGCGUCAGCUUAAAGGAUUACCUGACAGUCAGAGAACUCACCCUGCUCUACAAUGAGGUGAAGCCAAACACACUGCUGUACGAACUUCUGGAGAAGGCACGAGGGAAGUUGACUCGUAAGUUCAACUUGUUCGAUGUGGGCAAGGUCCUCGAGGAGCUGACGAUGGACACGUACGAGCCGCUCUACAUCCGCCACCAGGCCAAGUAUGUGUUGACGGAAGCGCAGAUACUUGGGGAGGACAUCCUAGCAGACGACGCCUCAGAGACGGGUGUCGGUAGGGGGUACGAAGUUGUUCAGACCCACGCCAGAGAAGGGCUGAGGGAGAUAGCGGUCCAGGGACGAAGAGAUGCCUUGCAGGACCUGACCGACCACUUCUUGUCUCCCGUGCGUGAGCUGUUCCUCCUGGCCAUCAUGCAGAACCGGCCCGAGAUGGCCCGGAUGCUUUGGGAGGAUGGCAACGAUGCAGUUGCUUCGGCACUCACAGCCAGCAUGAUCCUCAAGCUGAUGGCCGACAGAGAGGGUGACUCGGACCAGAGCGCAGCCAUGCUCAAACAUGCCGAGGAGUACGAGGAACUGGCCAUCGGUGUUCUAAAUGAAUGCUACAAUGAUGAUCCCGAGCGCACCUCCCUCCUCCUGGCUCGGGAACAGGAAAACUGGGGCAAGGCCACCAGCCUGAGCCUGGCCAAACACGCCCAGAACAAGAACUUCAUUGCGCACUCUGGAGUCCAAAACCUGCUGACAGAGAUCUGGAAUGGGAAGCUGUCGGACGAGAACAACGGCUGGCUGCUGUGGCUAUGCAUGUUGUGUCCGUUCAUCGUCCCAUGUGUCGUCAUCUUCAGAGAGGAUGAAGUUGAACAGGAGGAAGAGGAGCUAGAAUGGAAGCCAAACCACGACAUCGACCUGAACCUGAACAAUGGUAUGCCGUAUAAUCUAGACGAAGACAACCCUGCUGAGGAUGGUUUGAAGAUGAUUAAGAUGGGGGAACCCGUCGCAUUAGGAAAUUGUCCUUCGGCAAGCACUGCUGCGCUUUUUAGCCCAGACAACAAUGUGGAGAACACUCAACAGUAUGAAGAGACUGCUGAUAUUGAUAUCAUUGAUAGCGGCAAGGACUUGUCGUGGUGGCAACGCAUUUGGCUUUUCUACGACUCGCCACUCAUCACAUUCAGGCACCAUGUUGUCUCGUUCGUCUGCUUCUUGGGGCUCUUCAGCUACAUUAUCUUGGCAAACUUCACCGAGCAUGUCUCACCGGCCGAGAUUGUUCUCUAUGUGUGGGUCGGGUCGUUAGCAGCUGAAGAAUUGAGACAGAUCGCCCAAGAGGAGUCCAACAACUGGCGGAUCCGCUUCAUGUCUUGGAUCGCCCAGUACUGGAAUCUCGUGGACUCCUCGGCCCUGAUCCUAUUUGCCGUGGGCAUGGCCCUGCGCUUCCAGACGGCCACCCUAGACGUGGCUCGCAUCAUCCUGGCACUGGACCUGCUCAUCUUCUACAUCCGGCUGCUGCAGAUUUUCUCCAUCCACAAGAACUUGGGGCCCAAGCUGAUUAUGAUCCAGAGAAUGAUGAUCGACCUGUUGUUUUUCCUGGGUAUUCUUCUGGUCUUUCUCCUGGCAUUUGGCAUAGCCUCCCAGGCCAUUCUCCAGCCCAACGCACCCAGCUUUGUCGACGUCGCCAGGGGAGUCUUCUACAAGCCCUACUUUCAGAUAUUUGGCGAACUGUUCCUGGAUGACAUUUUGGAGAAUGUUGGUUGCAUCGCCGCCAACAGUUCCAGUCCAGAUCCCGGUGUCUAUCCCUGCCCUGGCACUGCUGCCAUCGGCACCCUGCUGCUUUUCUUCUACAUGAUGCUGAGCAAUGUACUGCUCCUGAAUCUCCUCAUUGCCAUGUUCAGCUACACCUUCUCAGCUGUCCAGGACAACACCGACGUCUACUGGCGGUUCCAACGCUACGAUCUGAUCGAGGAAUACUUCAGUCGGCCCCCGGUGGUCCCCCCUUUCAUCCUGAUCUCCCACGUCUUCCUGCUGGUGCGGUUCAUCAUGCAGAAAUGUUGCAGGGUGUGCCUUCGCUACCGAUCGGGCGAAAUGAAGCAAACGAUGCCCCCAAGUAAAGUGAAGCAGCUUGUUCUCUGGGAGACCAUACAGAGUGACGAGUACAUCGUCAAAGAGAAAGCUCGACUAGCAGAGGAUGUCAGUGAACAAGUCAAAUCAACAGGAGAAAAGGUGGACGACUUGCUGGCGAAGAUGGACGAACUCUUUGCUGACCCGGAGACUGGAGCUCCUUCCAAAGCCUUGGGUCUGCUGGGCGAGAAGGCUAUGGAGGAGAGACUGAACAGACUAGAAGACCAGAUGGAGCGAACAAACCAGGCCAUUGAUUGGGUAAUCCUGGCUCUCCACGGUAACAAGCUCGGAGUCAAAGAAGGACCUCCAGAACUCAGGUCUAUUGCUCCCAGAAAAGAGCAAGAUAAUUUUGAUGAUGAAGAGGAAGAGAGGAAAGUUCCCACGACGCUGGAAGAACUCGGGAUAUCCUUACAUCAGAAGGCUCGCUCCAGUCCCUACCCCGGUACGGCAAUACGAAGGUUCCCAGUGCCAGACAACAAAGUGCCCUGGGAGAAUAACCACCAAGGUUACAAAGCGGUCAGCUACACUCAUCCCAGUAUUCUGGCAAUGCCUCACUACGCUGACAUUGAUCUGCUCAAGUACAGCAAAAACGAGCGGCCCAUUCUCAACUUCAACUCCUACGACAAGACAGUGAACUAUGACCGGCGAAGUUACUCGGGCACCUACACCAUCAUGGACGGCAUUCCCCUGAAUCCGCGAGGUAGGACUGGAAUGAUAGGCCGCGGGACGCUGGGUCGAUUUGGCCCCAAUCAUGCCGCUGACCCCAUCGUUACCAGGUGGAAGAAGAACCCAGAUGGAAUGAAACUGGAGGACAAUGGACUGAUGGUUCUGGAGUUUAUUGCCAUACAGAGGAAGGACAACCAGCAGUGGGCGAUACCAGGGGGUAUGGUCGAGCCGGGGAGCCUAGUUAGUGAGACACUGAAGAGGGAGUUUGGUGAGGAGGCAAUGGGAUCACUGGACAAGUCUCCUGAGGACAUCGUCAUCAUUCAACAGAAAAUUGAGGAGCUUUUCCAGCACGGCGUAGAGGUCUAUCGCGGCUACGUAGAUGAUCCCCGCAACACUGACAACGCCUGGAUGGAGACGGUGGCCAUGAACUUCCACGACGAAGAGGGCACGUCAGUAGGUCUUCUGGAUCUGCAGGCCGGUGACGAUGCACAGGGUGUGCGAUGGCAGCGUGUCAGCUCCAAGAUUCCUCUCUUUGCCAGCCACCAGGCCAUGCUCAGGAAGGUAGCUGAGCUACACAACGCUGCCUUCUAGACGGAGCAGGGGACCCUCUGGAGUUGGUACAUGCAGCAGUGAGGCUCACGAUCUGAGCAAAGCAGGUGCAGGGUACUGUCAUCCAAGGAUGUUGCCAGUUUUUUUAUGGGGGGGCAAAGCACUUUUUUCCAGGGGGAAAGUUUCCAAAAGGGGCAAAGCACUCAUUAGCAACAAACCGACAAAUCAUAAGCAGAGCAAAUGGGUAGGUUUUGAGGUUUUUCCAGCAAACUUUCUGCAACUUUCAUCUCUUUUUUAAAUUUCUCUUGGCUUUUUUCUCUUUUCCUAUUUAAUUUUUUUUUGGGGGGGGGGGAAUCGAGGAGGGGGCAGCAGAGCACCCUUGCACCUCUUGUGAUGCCCAUGCUAUCGUCCAGACAAGGCUCAUGCUACCUUCUCCAGCUAGCUACUGAAAAUGCAAUUCAGUUCACUCAGAAAAAUGUGUCAAGGUUUGUGUUGGCCUUUUCCCCUAACAGUGCUGCUUUUUAGACCGCUGUGUGUGCGAAUGCAGAGUAAUACCAGAUUACUGGCGUUGAAUUUAUUUGUGAGAUAAAGAAUUCUUUUAACCAUCCUGUCCGUUGUAUGAAGUGCUAUGGUUGUUUUAGCAAUACAUGUAUAGGUUUUUGAAGUGCAGUUUGGUACGUUUGUAUUUUCUCUUUCUUGAAUGAAAUUUGAUCAGUUAAGAUUUAAAGGUAUUCCAAUGUCAGUAUAUCUCUGUAUAUAUCUGUCAGAAGUUUUGAACAAGAGUUCAUGCUACCUGCUGUUUUUUUAUUGUAUGCCACGGUCUUUCAGUAGUACAUUUUGAAAAAAAAAGUAUUUUUCUGAAAAGUCUGGAAAGAAUUUGUCAUAGUAUUAAAUAUAAUCACCUUGAUGUUGCAAUCGUUGAGAAGAAAUUACAGUAUUCAUUAAAAAUAUGUUUGGAUUUUAUUGACUUUAAAAACAAGGCCCCUGUAAUCCCUCCAACUGUGUGUAUACAAACCAAACAAUAAUUCUGUGCCUUUAGGGAAGAUUUGGCGGCUCGACAUUUGUUAUUUUAGUCGUGAAUUUCGUCACAUCACUGUAAAAAAAUUGAAUGAAGAGAAGAAUCUGAUAAUGUAGAAAAAAGCGAUAUUUUUCUAAUUAGUUGGCAGAAAUUUGAGUGAAGGAUAGGUGAUGUAUUUGUAGUUUUUCUGUUGCCAUUUUGGCAAAUUCUGUUUGCUAAAAGAUUCCGCCUUGAUUUGCAUUACAUGUGAUUGUGAUUUUGUAGAUUUAUGUCCUUUUAAUAUCAUCAGAAUUUACAUCUUUAAGGUGUGCUAUAUCAAGAGCUGUGAUAUUCUUGAUCUCUGAAAAUUUGUGAUGUAAUUUUAAAUUAUUCUUGUUUAUCCAAAGACUUUAUGUGAAUCGAUGUAAAAUGGAUUUCUAAACAUGUAUUUGCACGGGGAGCCUUUCGACUAUUGUAUUUUUUUCCGUUCAGUCCGUGGAAUUUGGUAUUCAUUAUUGUAUCCAAUUCCACGGUUCAGUCCAGUUUGUGUUUGUGGUGGUGUACGUGUGUGUUGGGGGGUGUCUUGUGGCGAACGUUUUGUUUUGUUUGCAGGUUGUGUGUGUAUGGUUUUUUUUGGGGGGGGGCAUUGUGAGCAAGCAACAACAUGAUGCCAACUGCACAUUAUGCAAAGCUAUGUAAUUCAUGAAAUUGUUAUAUUCGUGACACAAGAUGCCCAUUUUCUGAGUGGACCCUAUCACCUCCUUUUUAUUUCGUGUGGAGUUAUACUGUAGUUUGUGUGUGUGUUGCUAGGAGUAUAAUUCAACAUUCCAUUGCGCGAUUUUUGCGUAUACAUGUGCUGGCGUGCACGAUACCGGCCGCAACUGAAAAACCAGGAAUCGGGUUUGAUAGUUAUUUGCUGCCUGUGACUGUUGUUUGUGGGGUUUAUGGAAAUCGACUUUCCCAGGGUCUGUGGAAUUCAGCCUUUUCAUUCAACCUGUUACCCUGAAGCCAGUAAUCCUUCCUUGGACAUUUUCUUUUAUAUCGUUGCAGUGCCGGGGGUUAUUUAUGACGCCAAACCUUGUGGGGUUUUUCAGGGAUGUCUUGCGGUUAUUUUAAUAAGAAAUUUGUGAAAGUCAGAGUUACCGUUCUCGCGCAGUUCUUGCCGAGACAGCUCAGCCAAUAAUUCCCCCCCCCAGUAGUGUACGUGUGCGCAUUGCACGCAGGCUGACUCGCGGCGUGUUGCCAUCAUGAACCACGCGUAACAACAAAGCCAUAGAUAGGAUUUGUGGACUGAUUAUAACUUAAUAUUUUUGUGAGAGUGAGUCCCUUUACGCGCUUACAACGACAUGAAACAACCAAGGUCGGGGGGUGGGGUGGAAUCACCCCCCCUGAGAUUGUCCGAUAAACCUUGGAGGUGUAUUUUCUCCAUGGAAUAGACAAGCUCGGCGCUUUUACAGGUCAACUUGUGCCUUUAUGUUGUAGAUUGUUUGGUUAUUUGAAAGAUACGGGUGUCUAUUGGUUUUUAAGCUACUUCAAACUCUAUAAUAUUAUUCGUGUCGAGAAAUUCAACCAUCCAGGGGAAAAGUUGAUGUUAAAUAACAAGAUAACUAGCUUGUGCGCGGAACAUGUCAGAAAAGCCCAGGGUUGUGACAGUGACCGUUUUCAUGUUUACUUACUCCUUAUGAUUUAUAAAGUGGAAGAAGUUAGUUUGAUGAUUGCUGGUGCAAGAAGUGAAAAUGGCUUUGUUCAUGAAUGCGUAUUCAUGUAUUUUCGCGACCAGAGAGGUACACCCGGAAAUGUUUCUUCAUGUAUAGGUUUUAGUUGUACAUUAAAACCAAAAUUAUUAGCAUUGGAGUAGAUAUUUUGUUUGUGGAGAAAGAAUGGAUGAAUUACCAGUAUUAAGUAAUUGGAAUAAACAAUUGGUGUUGGCACACUGUAUCCGAAGGUGCAUGCGUAGUGUAAACGAAAAGAUAACGUUGCUUUUCUACGAGUGUUUCCUAAUAAUGUAAAGUGAGAUAUGAAUAAUUAUAAAGAUCCGUAAAGAAGAGAAAUAUAUGAGUUUGUUUACACAAAGCGCAUGACCGUGGAUGAUAAAUUGAUAUCCUGCAUGCUGUUUAA